UAUAGGUAGAUAAUCAUCUAAUAGUACGUUUUGCUGAUGCUCCCCAUUUUUUAAAAUUUUGUUUUUUACUUUGAGUCCUCCCUGUAGAUUGCAGAGGGACUAGUAGUCCUUAACUAAAAGGAUUACACCAAGGUCAGAGAAAGCCAAACUCAGAAGUAUGUAAAAUGUAUAAAGCAAGCAAGAGGAGAAAGUUAAGUUGUCUUCCUAGGUGUGACGCCGUUGACAGCGUGCAGAUGCAGUAAAUGAGAAAGUAGAGAAGCAGAGAAUUUGGCAAUACUGCACCUGCAUUCUCAGUGAACUUGGAAUCUAUGGAAAUACCACACAAUAUCACAGAAUUUUUCAUGCUGGGACUCUCACAGAACUCAGAGGUACAAAGAGUUUUCUUUGUGAUCUUUCUGAUGAUCUAUGUGGUCACGGUUUGUGACAACAUGCUCAUUGUGGUCACUAUCACCUCCAGCUCCACCCUGGCUUCCCCCAUGUAUUUUUUCCUGGCUAACCUAUCUUUUAUUGACACCUGCUAUUCUUCUUCUAUGGCUCCUAAACUCAUUGCUGACUCCUUGUAUGAGGGGAGAACCAUCUCUUAUGAGGCCUGCAUGGCUCAGCUCUUUGGAGCUCAUUUUCUGGGAGGUGUUGAGAUCGUUCUGCUCACAGUGAUGGCCUAUGACCGCUAUGUGGCCAUCUGUAAGCCCCUGCAUUAUACCACCAUCAUGACCAGGCAUCUCUGCGCCGUGCUGGUAGGGGUGGCUUGGCUUGGGGGCUUCCUGCAUUCAUUGAUUCAGCUCCUCCUGGUCCUUUGGUUGCCCUUCUGUGGGCCCAAUGUGAUCAAUCACUUUGUCUGUGACUUGUACCCUUUGCUGGAACUUGCCUGCACCAACACGUAUGCCAUCAGUCUGCUGGUGGUUGCCAACAGUGGUGUAAUCUGCCUGUUGAACUUCCUCAUGCUGGCUGCCUCCUACAUUGUCAUCCUGUACUCCUUGAGGUCCCACAGCGCAGAUGCGAGAUGCAAAGCCCUCUCCACCUGUGGAGCCCACUUCACUGUUGUUGCCUUGUUCUUUGUGCCCUGUAUGUUUACUUAUAUGCAUCCAUUUUCUACUUUAUCUAUAGACAAAAGCAUGGCAUUGUUUUAUGGUAUUCUAACACCUAUGUUGAAUCCACUCAUUUAUACCCUGAGAAAUGAAGAGGUAAAAAAUGCCAUGAGAAAGCUCUUUACAUGGUAAGAAAUUUCAGGUGGAUAACGAGUGGUAAAGCAGGAAAUAAAAACGACUUUAGUUUUGUAAGUGAAACAAACCAAGGCUUACUUUUUUGUAUCAUGUAUCAUCGUAUUCCAUCUUAAGCAUUAUUUCAUCUUCACUGACUUUUUUUUUUCUUUGAGAUGGAGUCUCACUUCAUCACCCAGGCUGGCGUGUAGUGGCACAAUGUCGGCUCAUUGCAACCUCUGCCUCCCAGGUUCAAGUGAUUCUUGUGCCACAGCUUCCCGAGUAGCUGGGAUUACAGGCACCAGUCACCACGGCCAGCUAAUUUUUGUAUUUUUAGUAGAGAUGGAGUUUUUCCCAUGUUGGCCAGUCUGGUCUUGAACUCCUGACCUCAAGUGAUCUGCCUACCUAGGCCUUCCAAAGUGCUGGGAUUACAGGUGUGAGUCACCAUGCCCAGCCUUCAUUGACUUUUAUUGUUUAUUAUUUUCACUUGAAUUGCAUAAUUUAAUUAUAAUAUGAAAUAUACAUGGUAUGAAUGAUUAUUAUUCCUAUUUUAGAAAUCAAAAACUCUGUUUACUGAUGUGGUUAGUCAAUUAAUCAAGAUUAUCUAGUUUUGAAAUGCCUAAACCAAAUUUGAUUCAUCAUCUAGAUCUUUAAGUAGCAAUUUAUGUUGACAUCCUUUGAACCUGUGUGAUAAUUAACUGAGUUGUAGAAACACGAGGCAAAAUGUUACUUAACACUCAGCCAUAUAUAGCAGGCUCUUCCGCAUCCAGGCCUGGCUUCUGUUUCUUCUCGUCACUCUGUGUGACAUUAGCAAUACCACUGCUACACUAUAGCAGAGAGGUUAGGAGUUUGGCUCUGGAGACAGAGCAGUCUGAGUUUGACUCUUAUUUUCUUUCUGUUUUACAAGUUCCGGGGUACAUGUGUAGGAUGUGCAGUUUUGGUAUAUAGGUAAACAUGUGCCAUGGUGGUUUGCUGCACCUAUCAACCCCUCACCUAGCUAUUAAGCCCAGCAUGCAUUAGCUCUUUUCUCUAAUGCGCUCCCCUCCCAACCCUCCCCUGACAGGCUCCAGUGCGGGUUGUUCCGCUUCCUGCGUCCACCUGUUCUCGUUGUUCAGCUCCCGCUUAUAAGUGAGAACAGGUGGUGUUUGGUUUUCUGUUCCUGCGUUAGUUUGCUGAGGAUAAUGGCUUCCAGCUCCAUCCAUGUCCCUGCAAAGGACAUGAUCUCGUUCAUUUUUAUGGCUGCAUAGUAUUGAAUCUUAUUUUCUAUGCUUACUAGUGGCAUGACCUUGAGUAAAGUGAUGAGAUUUCUACAAACCUCUGAUGCCCGUCUUUAAAAUAAAAGGAAAGAUAUUUUAGAUUCCACAUAUAAGUGAGAUUAUGCAGUACCUGUCUAUCUGUGUCUGACUUAUUUCACUUAGCAUAACGUCUUCCAGGUCUAUCUACCUUGCUGCAAAUGGAAGAAUUCUUUCUUUUUUAAGCUGUCACCUAUAUACCUCAAUAAAGCUGGCGAAAUAAAAGGUAAUGAUAAUACAUGUCUGAAAGUGUUAUUGGAACAAUUAUUAAUCUCUCCAAAGUUCUUAAUGGAGUUUCUGGCACAUGGUAAAGUCUCAACAUGUUUAUUUGAUAUUACCAUGUCUCCCUCAACAGUUUAUAAAAAACUACUUUAUAAAGAAAUUUAUAAAAUUUAAA